AUGGUGACGGAGAAAGCCCAGGCAAACUCUAGUGGUGUCCCACAGGAAAAGGAUUUCUCGCAUAAUAGCAACCAUCACGGAGAUAUCAGCAAUUCACAUGAGAUGAAUGACAUGUCAAUUGCUUCGGAAGAUGCACUAAAAAGAAUCAAGACCGCCGGUAGUAUCAGUAUCAUCCCGGAGUUGUUUGAAAAGAUAUAUCUCUCUCCUCAAAACUCCGUGAAAGGUGAUCUAAGGAAAACUUUCGGAAACCCUACUCCGGUAGCGAUAGUCGGUUUUCUGAUUACCUUAUCACCAUUAUCGUGCGAUCUUAUGGGCUGGCGUGGGGCGGCUAACAACGGUGCGGCUGGAAUUGGCUCCUAUUUCUUCUUUGGAGGGCUCCUCAUGAUUGUCGGCGGUUUUCUCGAAUUUGUCCUAGGCAACACUUUCCCUUUUGUUGUAUUUAUCUCAUUCGGUGCUUUCUGGCUUACGUUCGCCUCCACACUUCAACCUUUCUACUACGCAUAUGGGCUCUACGCUCCUCCGGGCGGCACUCCUGCCGACGGCCUGAGAACAGUUGGAUUCAACGCCUCUUUCGGAUUCUUUCUUGUUUUCAUGGCGGUCUUAUGUCUCAUAUACCUGGUCUGUUCUCUGCGCACAAAUGUCGUCUUUGUUAUAAUAUUUUUUACAUUAGUUGUUGCUUUUUCACUUUUGACAUCUGUGUAUUGGCACACGGCAAACGGUAUUGGCAAUAACGAUGCGGCUCAAUUGGCGUUGGCAAACAGAAUGCAGAUUGCGGCCGGUGCGACUCUUUUCGUAACAUCACUAGCGGGUUGGUGGAUAUUUUUUGCCAUUAUGCUAGCGGCUCUAGACUUCCCGUUCCAAAUCCCAGUGGGCGAUCUUAGUACUUUGAUUAAAGGAGCCAGUGAGCGAGAAAAGUCAAAGGAACAAAUGGCGUAG